GUUGAUAUCUCUCUCUUCUUUCUCUCUCUAAACAAAAAUGGCUCUGCAACUCUGGGAAACACUGAAGGAGGCGAUCGUGGCCUACACGGGUCUAUCUCCGGCGACCUUCUUCACACUCGUGGCUCUUCUCUUCGCCGCUUACCAUGUCCUCUCCGGGAUCUUUGGGCCUUCCGAGACUCACCACCGGCCCAGAAACUUGGAGGAGAUGCAGCCUCUGCCGCCGCCGGUCCAGCUCGGCGAGAUCACCGCCGACGAGCUCAAAGAGUACGACGGAUCCGAUCCCAAGAAGCCUCUGCUGAUGGCCAUCAAGGGUCAGAUCUAUGACGUGUCGCAGAGCAGGAUGUUUUAUGGACCUGGAGGUCCAUAUGCUCUAUUUGCAGGUAAAGAUGCUAGCAGGGCUCUUGCGAAAAUGUCUUUUGAAGACAAAGAUCUCACUGGUGAUACCACUGGUCUCGGUCCUUUCGAGCUUGAGGCCUUGCAAGAUUGGGAAUAUAAGUUCAUGAGCAAGUAUGUCAAGGUCGGAACCAUUAAGAGUGCAGUUCCAGAAACUCCGGGGGAAUCCACCAGUGAGGCCCCGAGAGCUGAAGAUGUACCAUCAGAAAGCCCAGCUGUUAAAUCCGAGGAAACCGCUUCAUCUGCUGCUGAUGCUAAGCAAGAGUAGACUCGAGAAGGCGAAUCAUUUACUGGAGUACAAUCUCUCUCCUAUUAGUUACUGCGUUCUUAGCCUAGGAUACUCUUGUUAUAUGACUUCGUUGGAUGUUCAUUUUGUGAUAUAAUAAUUCAGCAAUGUUACUUUUGUGCA